CGCACACACCGGCUGGAGGAAACACGUUCAGCUCUCGCGCACUCUUUUCAGAUUGAACGUGCAGGUGUACGUCAUUCAGGUGCACGAGCCGCAGUCACACCUCCCGCCAUUACGACAAACAUCAGUCCUGUAAGCAGCCCUCUGCAGCUAUGAGCACAUUUGUGAGGCACAGUCAAGCCAGGCAGCUUCUGCACAACAAGUUUGUGGUGGUCCUUGGUGGCUCAGUGCAGCGCUCCAUGUACAAAGACCUGGUUCUGCUGCUUCAGAGGGAUCAGUACUUGACUCUGCCUCAACUCAAGUCCAAAGGGGAGUUUUCCUUCGAGCACGACAGCCUGGUGGAGGGAGGUCGUUUAGGUCCCAUGACUAACGGCAUAGAGUACAGAGAGGUCCGACAGUUCCGCUCCAACCACCAUCUGCUGCGAUUCUACUUCCUGACCCGGAUCUACUCCCCAUAUGUGGAGAGCAUCCUGGAGGACUUCAGGCGGGGACUUAAACCUGACGUCAUUAUCAUCAGCUCCUGUGUCUGGGACAUCACCAGGUACGGCCUGGGGUGUCUUGAACAGUACAAAGAGAACCUCCACAAGUUCUUUGGCCAAAUCAGAACCAUUGUUUGCCAUGACUGUCUCAUCCUGUGGAGUCUGGCCAUGCCGCUUGGCAAGAAGAUCAAGGGUGGAUUCUUGGUGCCUGAAGUGAGCCACUUGAGCCCCACGCUGUGUCAUGACAUCAUUGAAGCCAACUUCUACAGCAGCCGGCUGGCGGAGGCCUACGGACUGGAUGUCCUGGACCUGCACUUCCACUUCCGCCUCAGCUUGCAGCACCGCAUGCCAGAUGGCGUCCACUGGGACGCCCUGGCUCAUCGGCGCAUCAGCAGCCUGCUGCUGCAGCACACUGCUGAUGCCUGGGGAGUAGACCUGCAUGACCCCCUCCCCUCUCCACGACAAGUGCAUCAAGAUCACAUAGGAGAGUUUGGACACCACACUAUCAGACCUAAGUGGCCCCAUCCAAGACCCCUGAUGGACUUAGUACCACUCCAGAGACGUGGCCAGGUCCAAUACCAGCAGAGACUCUUCAGACCAGACAGAUUUCAGCUAAUUCCACCGAACUCAGAAGACAGAGUGGUGAACAUCAGACCCCUGCUGCUCCCAACACAGCUCGCCAAUCAACCUGCACACACUGCUGGUCACCACUAUGAAGGUGGAGGCUUCAGUUUCCAUCCUCAUUUCCAAGCUGAUGAUAGCUGGAUGAGGAGGACGCGACACUUCAGGAGUCACCCAUACCCCCCCCAACAUCCCUGGAUGACACCCAGACACUCUGCUUAUGGAAGGGCCCGCUGGGAGCCGUCAGCCAGGUCGACCAACACCUGGACGGUCUGGGCCAGCCGACACAGCCCCUCGUCCUCCGUGAUGAGUUGGGGGGAACACAAUGAAUCCUGGGAAGGGCAGAAGAAAGGAGUGAGCAGAAGAAGAUGGGCCCCGUGGAUCAGGGACCCCAGGAGGAACUCGCUCACCCACGAAAACUGACAUUUCCCAGUACGUCUGAGGAAAGAUUAAUCUACAUCUUAUCUCCAUAAUCAGCUGCUCACUCGACUUGAUUACCUGCUGAAUUUUAGAGUCUGACUAUAUAUACGUGAAAUGUAGACAGUCCACAGCUUGAUAAUACACACUCACAGCUCCAGUGGUGUGUGUGUGAGAGAGAGAGCAGCAGGCAGGCUAAGGUGAUGCAGAGAGGGGAGAAUCAGAAAGGCGACAGCACUGUUUAUUGAGUCUCCUCUGUGUGAGCGGUGCAGUACAAACCCACAGGCUGAUUCCUGCCUUUUUCUCUCUGACCUUGGCACAACGCAACUCAUCUGCUCCAACUCAGGCAAGCAGGAAUUUAUGACGGUAAACCUGCUGUUUGGAGAGCACACAGGAGCUUUUGUAGAGGUUAAAGCACAGGGCACAUUGGAUUCACGUCGGGGUAUCUGCACGGCCGCUCACAGUUUUACUACGUUACAUCACUUCUGUUCAGCAUCAUGAAAGAAACCAAUUGAAAAUAAACAUGAAGGAUCCGAGCUGGUACAAUAAGUGCAGAGUUUUCUGUCUUCCUUUUAAAACUCCACCAGCUGUUUCUGAGAUAUUUUUCGAUAUUUUUCUCAUCAACAAAUCCCAUGAAAAGAUCCAAACCAACACUGUGUUAGUCCUUCCCUUCAUACUUCAAAGGUUCCUCAGCCUGUCUCUGGUUUUGAACGCCCAAGCUGAGACCCAUUUGGGGACUGUGGGGGAAGUUAACCAGUCAUACGUUUGCCAAACCGACCACUCACCUCGUCCUUGCAGCCUUCUCUCUUGUAAAUCUAAAGCAUACUGCUCCUCACACCCACUCCAAACUGUGAUCUCACCGACUGUUGAGUCAGCGUGCAAACCACAGAAUUUUCUGUCCAGGUGCUGAGUUAAAAGAAGAAGACACGACUUGAGUUUGUGCCUGCCAAGGACAAGUUUUUUGAAACACUUUUAACUUGACGAAGUUCUAUUCUCCGUACAGUUUAUUUAUUUUUUUUAAAGAUUUUUUGGCCUUUUUAAGCUUUUAUUGGACAGAGACAGCUGAAGAGUGACAGCACUGUGGGGAGAGAGAGAUGGGGAAUGACAUGCAGCAAAGAGCCACAGGUCGGAUUCAAACCCUGGGCCUCUGAGGCACCUGAACUUUGUCAGGUCCAUUGAAGACCUUUUAAAUUUUUAUGUACACGUCACAGUCCAAACAUGUUUAAUAAUGUCAUGGACUUGACAUUUUGAAGUGGGAGUUUAAAUUUUUUUCCUUGAUGUCUACAGAGGGCAUACAUAAGACAGUGGUCCUUCUAGCUCACCUGGUAGAGCGUGUGCUUCAUGCACUAAUGCUGAAUUGUUACUGCAGCGACGCAGGUUUGAUUCCAACCCACUGCUGCAUGUCUCUUUUUUCUC